UUGCAAACACAUUUAGAAACCAAAUCUUUUACAAAAUAGAUAUAAUCACUUUUUCCAACUGUUCCGCCGUGUUUUGAAUGACGCUUAAUCUUAAAAACUGAGAUUACAUUCCAUUUCACCUCCUGCUUCCCCUUUUCUCUCUCUCUCGCGCUCCCGCUCUCUCUCUCUCUCAUCCAUUCCCCUUUUUAACUUCUUCAGUCCAGACUCCAUCAUUUCUCAUUGAUUUCAAUCACAUGAAUUUGCCAAUUCUUGGAGCCACAAUGAAGAGAAAGAGUUGCAGUCCUUGCGACUCUCUCGUGAGCUUGUUUGACGAUGAUGAAUUGGAGGUUUCUAAAAUCCUGUUCGAAAUUCCUCGGAUAAUCUUCCAAUCUGAGAAUCGCAAUCGUCUUUUAGUCGCUUGGGGCGUUAGGAAGAGAAGAUCUGCCAUUGAUCCUGACUUAUAUCCGCCUUCUGUUCCUUCAUCGUCGUCGCCUCAUCUUCCCAGUUCUUGUGUGGGUCCGACUUGUGACGAUGAUGAUCCUCCAGCGAAGGUUGAACCUUCCAGCCCUGCCACGCCUCUCUCCUUCUCCCCCAGCGAAUCUGAUGGCAAGUCUAAGCGCUCUAAGAAGAGUGUUUCAUCUAAAAAGAAGAAGGAAAUUUUGUUGAAGAUGAUUGAGGAUUUGACUCAUCAGAAAGAGUUCCUAAAGACGGUGACUCAUCAGAAGAAGGAGACUCUUGGACCGGAACUAGUUGCGCCGUUGGAUCUCAACCUCAGUAUUGCUCUGAACGCUGAUACCACACAACUAAAGAGGGCUGCAGCUGCUCAGGCCAGGAAGAAGAGGCUUCAGAUUUACAAAGUGAAGAAAUCCAAAGGCUGUUCAAGUCCCUCUAUCCUCUCUUUUGGUUAGCGGUUCAAGAUUGGUUCAUCUCUUCAAUGGAAGUUUUAUUUUCCCAGAAUUUUUAUGAUGGAUUCAAUCUCUGAUACAAUAGAUAUACCUUUGUUGUUAUAUUUCAUCUCUUCAACAAAUUUAGUAAUAAGCAGGAUACAAAUCAAUUCUUGAAUGUACAGUGACUGUCGCAAUGCAACAAUUGUAAACAAUUAUUAAUUUUGGUGUUGCUCUGCU